UCGGUGGCCAAUGAGCGCGGUGGGGGGCGGGCCUCUCCCGUCCAUUGUUCUCGGUGCCCCUCGGGCUUGAGCCGCCGUGAGUCCGGAGGCGCCGGGCCGUGCCCGGGGGCGCUUUUACGCGCGGAGUGGCUGCCGGCGUCCGGCCUGGUCUCCCCAGAGCCAGACUACUUGUUGGAAUUUGAGGAGGGAGGUGUCUUCUCCGUGAGCCUGGCUCUAGAAGACUGAGGUUCAAGGCUAGAAGCCUGAGGCGAUUGCCCCGGGAAGGUGGAUGAUGGCUGCAGAGCUGCCGAGAGUAACCACCCCCCUGAGCCCCUUGGUCCAGGUGCCUCAAGAGGAAGACGAACAGGAGGAGGUCACUACCAUGAUCCUGGAGGACGACUCUUGGGUGCAGGAAGCUGUACUGCAGGAGGAUGGCCCCGAGUCGGAGCCCUUUCCCCAGAGUGCUGGCAAGGGUAGCCCCCACGGGGAGGCCGCUGGAGGGCCACAGGGUGCACUUGGCCGCCUCCGAGAGCUCUGUCGGCGCUGGCUGAGGCCGGAAGUGCACACCAAGGAACAGAUGCUGACCAUGCUACCAAGGGAAAUUCAAGCCUGGCUGCAAGAGCAUCGUCCUGAAAGCAGCGAGGAGGCCGUGGCCCUGGUGGAGGACUUAACCCAGACCCUUCGGGACGGCGCUCGGGACCUAUGGACACACUUACCCAGCACCGGAUACUUCAAUCCCUGUUUGGACAGUGGUUAUUUAAUAUUUGACUAGCAGGCACCUCUGGGUACUCACAUUUAAAGGUUCUUAUAAUUCCCAUGAAGAUGGGACCUGUGCUACUGGUUUAAGUGGUAAAGCUCAUCUCUCCCUGUGAGUGUGUACCAAGGACGUUUUCAUCCCCACGCGCGGUCUGCGUUCAGGCUCUUGCUGUUUCUGCCCAGAACUCUCACAGUGGCCCAGCCUCUUCUCCCUCCAGGGCCCCUGCUCCGCUCCUGCCUGAGCGCUCAGGUGCCCUCCUGCUUAGAAAGCUUCGUGAGUUCCCCAGCAUCUCCAAAUCAAGCAUGAGCUCCUUAUUCUGCUCCGAACCGGGGCCUUGUGUGAUGUCAGGCCAGAGCUGCCCCACAGCUGCCGUGGUCCUCCCGCCAUCGCCCCCGCUCCUUUCAGACCAGAUCUUGCUGUGCCUUGAAUGAAGCCUGUGCUUUCUAGCAUGAGUCUGUGCUCCUGAAUUUUGAGUUGGAAUGGCUUUGUCCCAUCCCUGUCUGAUAAAAUCCCGGGUAUCCUUUGAGUGUACACCCUUGGAGACCCACUCCAGACAGCCGUCCUUACUUCUUUUUUUUUUUUUUUUUUUUUUAUUUACUUAUUUGAGAGAGAGAGAGAGAAACAGCAUGAGAGGGGAGAGGGUCAGAGGGAGAAGCAGGCUCCCCGCCGAGCCGGGAGCCCGAUGUGGGACUCGAUCCCGGGACUCCAGGAUCAUGACCUGAGCCGAAGGCAGCCGCUUAACCAACUGAGCCACCCAGGCGCCCCAGCUGUCCUUACUUCUGAUCCGUCUUCCCCUGUCCCCAGUUGCGGCCACCUGGGAGCACCUCUGAUUCCCUCCUCCAGAAGCCGUCUGCCCCAGAGCUUUUGGAUCCUCCUUGUCCUUUAGCAUUUGAUUAGGGUCCAUUUUGUUUUCUACUUAUAUGAAUAGUUGUCUUAUUUCUUCUAGGAACCUUUAAAAUCCCAGAAGGCAUGGAACCUGUUUUCUUCUUUCUCUUUUUUUUUCUCUUUCCUUCCUUUCUUUUCCUCUCUCACAGUACUGCGCACAGUGCCCCCCACACAGUGGGAACUCAGUAAGUAUUGCUGGCACGAAUACAUGAAUCCUUCCUGCCCAUCGGCAGGUGUUAAGAGGCUCCCUUGCUGGCCCGGUCCAUGAAGGAGGUGGACAGAUAGCGUCUUCAUUCCAGGCUUCUCUGCUUUUCCUUGAGAAAACCAUGCUAAGCUUCUGUCUUAAAACAAAAUGGGGUCAAGGCCACAUUUGGCAGAACAUAGCCGGGACAUGCCCAAGUCUGGAAAGAGGGGAGAGGUGAGGCUGCAGACCUGGAGGGGUGCUCAGGCCAGUAGGCAGCCCGGGGAAGCUCAGUCCAGCGUAAGAACACUUAACUCUUAGUCUCUGGCGUUUUCGUUCUUGGAGGCGCCAUAUGAAUCCUUUGUUCAGCAAACCCAGUGACUACCAUCAUGUUUAUGCUAUUAAUAAAGAUAUUUUUAAGUUUAUUUUAUUUUUUUAGUAAUCUCUAUCCACAACACGGGGCUUGAACUCACAACCCCGAGAUCGAGAGUCAGUCACAUGGUCUUCCGACUGAACCAGCCCGGCGCCCCAAAGAUAUUUUUACACAAAGAGAACAUGUUUCUGAGGAUGGAGGUUUGUGCUAUUCCCAUUUCUCAAAUCCCAAAGGCUCAAGGACAUCCUCCCUGUCCGGCCUGAGUAUAAACUAGAAGGUGGCCUUUUUGACCUGACAUUAUCCAUCCAAAGUGCAGGAAUCGUGCGGGAGACCUAUAGCAUUUAUUUGCAUGGGACGAGCUUUGACUUUGGAAACCUCAGGUACAGUGAAUCCACACCCCCAGGGAGGACACUUGCCUUAAAGUCUUUUGUGCCGGGGCGCUGGCCAUGGAUGUGAACAUCAAUGAAUAUAGGAUGGAGAAAAUGAACCGGUGAAUGGCCAGAAUUGCAAGCCUCAGGAGGGUGUCGCUGGUCCUCUGGGGCUCAUCUCCCCAGUGAUGAGGAUCUUCCGCUGAAAUGAGAUUGGCCCCUGGUUUGCCUGACAGCUGUGCUUUCAGCCUGCGUGUCACAGACCCGCUGAAAGACCAUUUAUGAAAAGCGCGGUUCUCUCUAUGACUGGUUAGAAAGUCCCAACAUGAAACCCAGAACACUUCCUUUUCUUCUCUUUUUCUCAUGAUUUGGUUUAUGACAACCCAGACUGUCCAGGGUAGUCCUGAAUAUGAAAUACUUGUCCUUGCAAAUCAUCAGAAUGUCUCAGAGUUCAAUAGUGGGUGGCCAAGCCAUACCUCUCAGACUGUCUGUAAGGGGCCUGGGGCCAGAAAUCAUUUCUCAAAUUGUAUGGCCCAGUUUUUUGUUCAGAAACUAUAGUCACUGCAGAGUUGGAGGCAGCUUGAGCCCGGACUGUUGGCUGACCGCUCUACCAGGGUUCACGCACCUUUCUGUAAGAGGUGAGCCAGAAGAUAGCCCUAGAGCCUGCUGACCAGUGGACUCAUGCCACGGUGGCCUUCCCCAGCACCCCCACACCAGUGUCGAUGGAAUAUCAGGGUAAAGGGGAAAUGCUCCUCUCCCGACACAGAUUUUAACUCACAGAAGCUCCACCACCCAAAAAAGAAACUGCUGAUGUCAGAGGGGAGCAAAAGGGAAAUUUGGGGGCUCAAAAUGGAUGAAUCCUGACAUGUAAAUCCUCUGACCAUCAGCGCAGUGUGGUCCCUGCGCCCGCAGCAUCAGCAUCAUCUGCAAAUGUGUUAGAAAUGAACUUCCUGGGCCCCACCCCAGACCUACUGAACCAGAAACUUUGGGGGUGGGGCCCAGUACCCUGUGGUUUAACGAGUCCUCCAAGUGAUCCUCAUUCAGUCGCCAGUAAGCGAGCCACUGUGCCAGACCUCUGGUUCUCAAGCUUGGCCACACAUCAGAAUCACUUGGGGUCCCACUCCCAGGGAUUCUGAUUUUCUGAUUUCAUUGGCAUGGGGUAUGGCCCAGGCAGGGAAGUUUUGUUUUUUUGUUUUUU